UUUCAAUAGCUGCGAAGGCGCGGGUAAAGUUAGCUGGUUUGGAAUGUGUCGGUCGGUGACUCUUUUGUUGGGGAGUCGGCUGGCGCUCAUCCAUUCUAAUUGACUGUCCUUUUAGCCUUUUUGUACUCCUUUCCACCUCUUCUUUUAUGGCCACUUGUUCAAGGAGAAAAUUCCUAAGUUCCUUAUGUGUCCAUUCGCCUGCGGCCGUACUUCGCUCCCUUUCUAUGAUUUUUUCAAUAAGGGUGGAUGGAAGUUUGGCCUUAAUAGUGGUGACUAAAAGAGACGCGUCUUCCUUUGUUCUAAAAUUGGAUUCCAAUUGCCUGCAAAUUCUUUCUAUAUUGUCACAAAAGGCGCGAAGUGAGUCAGCAGAGUCUUUUGUAGCUGGCAGUUGAAGGAGCUCUGAUUGGAGGGUUUCCCUUAGGUUGCGGGUGCUACCGUAUCUCCCUUUCAAACAUUCUACUAUAAUUGGGUAAUUCUCUGCUAUUCUCAUGAAUCCUUGGACGGUUGCCUCGGCUGAUCCCUUGAGCGAAUUAGGUACUUUAUG